GGCUUGCCAAUCGAAUCGCUCCGGGUCGGUUCGGUGCUUCUGGGCCAGGUUCGGGCGCGGAGCGGAACGGAGCAGCGCCGGGUCCCGAUCCGCUACCGCCACCAUGCCGGCCGUUUCCAAGGGAGACGGGAUGCGGGGCCUGGCUGUGUUCAUCUCCGACAUCCGGAACUGUAAGAGCAAAGAGGCCGAAAUCAAGCGCAUCAACAAGGAACUGGCCAACAUCCGCUCCAAAUUCAAAGGAGAUAAAGCCUUGGACGGUUACAGCAAGAAAAAAUAUGUCUGCAAGCUGCUCUUCAUCUUCCUGCUGGGCCACGACAUCGAUUUUGGACACAUGGAAGCCGUCAACCUGCUUAGCUCCAAUAAGUACACGGAGAAGCAAAUUGGCUACCUGUUCAUUUCGGUGCUGGUGAACUCCAACAGCGAGCUGAUCCGCCUCAUCAACAACGCCAUCAAGAACGACCUCGCGAGUCGCAACCCCACCUUCAUGUGCCUGGCCUUGCACUGCAUUGCAAACGUGGGCAGCCGUGAGAUGGCAGAGGCCUUUGCCUCUGAGAUCCCCCGCAUCCUGGUGGCCGGUGACACCAUGGACAGCGUGAAGCAGAGUGCGGCCCUGUGCCUCUUGCGCCUUUACAAGACUUCCCCAGACUUGGUGCCCAUGGGCGAGUGGACGUCGCGAGUGGUGCACCUCUUGAACGAUCAGCACAUGGGGGUGGUGACUGCGGCCGUGAGCCUCAUUGCCUGCCUCUGCAAGAAGAAUCCCGACGACUUCAAGACCUGCGUCUCCCUGGCCGUCUCCCGACUCAGCAGGAUUGUGUCUUCAGCCUCCACGGACCUCCAGGACUACACCUAUUACUUCGUGCCAGCCCCCUGGCUCUCCGUCAAGCUUUUGAGGCUUCUGCAAUGCUAUCCUCCUCCAGAAGAUGCAGCUGUGAAAGGGCGCCUGGUUGAGUGCCUGGAGACGAUCCUCAACAAGGCCCAGGAGCCGCCCAAGUCCAAGAAGGUCCAGCAUUCCAACGCCAAGAACGCCAUCCUUUUCGAAGCCAUCAGCCUCAUCAUCCACUAUGACAGUGAACCCAACCUGUUGGUGCGGGCCUGUAACCAGCUAGGGCAGUUCCUACAGCAUCGUGAGACCAACCUGCGAUACCUGGCGCUGGAGAGCAUGUGCACGCUGGCCAGCUCUGAAUUCUCCCACGAAGCUGUCAAGACGCACAUUGAGACGGUCAUCAAUGCCCUCAAGACGGAGCGAGACGUGAGCGUACGCCAGCGGGCCGCCGACCUCCUCUAUGCCAUGUGUGACCGCACAAAUGCCAAGCAGAUAGUCUCGGAGAUGCUUAGCUACCUGGAGACAGCGGAUUACUCCAUCCGUGAGGAGAUUGUUUUGAAGGUGGCCAUCCUGGCCGAGAAAUACGCAGUGGACUACAGUUGGUAUGUGGAUACCAUCCUCAAUUUGAUCCGUAUCGCCGGGGACUAUGUGAGCGAGGAGGUGUGGUACCGCGUCAUCCAGAUAGUCAUCAACCGGGAUGAUGUGCAGGGCUACGCUGCCAAGACGGUCUUUGAGGCCCUGCAGGCUCCUGCCUGUCACGAGAACAUGGUGAAAGUUGGAGGUUACAUCCUAGGGGAGUUUGGAAACCUCAUUGCAGGAGAUCCUCGCUCCAGCCCUCUCGUGCAGUUCAACCUGCUGCACUCCAAGUUCCACCUGUGCAGCGUAUCCACACGGGCCCUGCUUCUCUCAACCUACAUCAAGUUCAUCAACCUCUUCCCCGAGACCAAGGGCACCAUCCAGGAAGUACUGCGCUCGGACAGCCAGAUCCGCAACGCCGAUGUGGAGCUGCAGCAGCGAGCCGUCGAGUACCUCAAGCUCAGCUCUAUCGCCAGCACCGAUGUCUUGGCCACGGUGCUGGAGGAGAUGCCUCCAUUCCCCGAACGCGAGUCGUCCAUCCUGGCUAAGCUCAAGAAGAAGAAGGGCCCUGGAGCCGGGAGCGAGCUAGACGAUGGCAAGAAGGACCCCAACUCUGAGAUCAACGGGGGCAUGGAGCCCUCGACCAGCACAGCUUCUACGCCGUCCCCGUCUGCUGACUUGCUAGGCCUCCGGGCAGCUCCCGGUGCUGCCUCCGGUGCCGCCUCCGGUGCCGGGAACCUUCUGGUGGACGUUUUCUCUGACAGCCCCUCAGGCGCGACUGGCCUCGUGUCCAGUGCUGAAGAUAACUUCCUUAGUGACUUGGAGCCACCUCCCGAGAGUCCCGCGUCCCUUUGGGUGGAUGGUGGUCUGCCUGCAGACUCAGGGGCUGCUGCUUCUGUCUCUGAGGAUCCCGCUUUGCCUAUUGCUGAGGCUGAUGAACUGCUUAACAAGUUUGUGUGUAAGAACAAUGGGGUGCUCUUCGAGAACCAGCUGCUGCAAAUUGGGGUGAAAUCCGAAUUCCGGCAGAACUUAGGCCGAAUGUAUCUCUUCUACGGGAACAAAACGUCUGUUCAGUUUCAGAGCUUCACCCCGACUGUCAGCUACCCAGGAGACCUGCAAAAUCUGCUCAACAUCCAGACGAAAGCGGUGGAGCCCCUGGUGGAAGGCGGGGCCCAGGUUCAGCAGGUCUUGAACAUCGAGUGCCUGAGCGACUUCACAGAGGCUCCCCUCAUCAACAUCAAAUUUCGGUACGGUGGAACACUGCAGAAUCUCACGCUCAAACUGCCCAUCACCGUCAACAAGUUUUUCCAGGCGACAGAGAUGCAAUCACAGGAUUUUUUCCAACGCUGGAAACAACUCAGCCUGCCACAGCAGGAAGCCCAGAAAAUCUUCAAGGCAAACCACGCCAUGGAUUCAGAGGUGACCAAAGCCAAGCUGCUGGGUUUUGGCAGUGCCCUCUUGGAGAAGGUGGAUCCCAACCCCGAUAACUACGUAGGAGCUGGCAUCAUUCAGACGAAGGCUCUGCAAGUUGGAUGCUUGCUGCGUCUGGAGCCCAACGGCCAGGCGCAGAUGUACCGGCUGACCCUCCGCACCAGCAAGGAGUCCGUUUCAAAGCACCUUUGCGAGCUGCUCUCUCAGCAGUUCUGAGGCGUCGGCAGCACCAGAGGAGGGAAGGGAGAAGGCUGUCCCCGCACACCAGCUGCCUCCAUCUGCCCCCUCUGGUUCCCUUCCGGACCGGGGCCUCUGGGAAGACUGUAUUGCUCCCUGCCUGUUGUCGUGAUAACCUCUGUGUUCUCGUUGCCUAGUCCGGGCCAGCACCAAGGGGGGAUGGAUAAGGAAGGAGGGAGCAAAGACAAAAAGCAGUCCCUGGGUUGGAUGAAGUACAAUUGGGGGUGGGAGGGGAGAAAGAGGGCACGUGUCAGUCAAUCCUCCAGGAGUAAUCUUCCUCUUGCUGGGAGGGCGGCCCUUGGAUGAAGCCAGCGUCCCUCCCUCCUGCCUCGUAGGCCUGGUCCACUCUCCUUCAGGUUGAGAUUUGUGGUCUUCGCCCUCGCCCGCCCCUACACAAACACUCUUACGAUGUCAGACUGGCAUUUUUUGGAUUUUGUUUACAACGUUAACCCCUUUUUCCCCCUUCGUGUCCUUCCUUGGGGGUGGCGGGAGGGGGGGGGGAGGAAGUGGCAGAAACACGCCACCCACUCCCGUUUCCUUCCGAGCUGGCCGGAGGGGAAGGGAAAGAGAGAAUGCUCGUCGGGGUUUUUUUUUCUUUGUGUGUGUUCCUUUGCCUUGUGUAUUUUCCUCCGGGCGGCAGGGGCACAUUCUCCCUUUCCUUCGUCAUGGACCAUUCCAGUGUUACAGUGUGUGUAUUUUGUGGGGAAGUUAUCCGAUUCGGAGAACAGGCCCGCCUUCCUGUUCUGUCGCCCCCCCUCCCACCUCACCCCCCAAAAGGAAGCAAGCUGCACAGUGGCGUGGGGGGGGGGAGGGGGUUUGAGGAGCAAAGAGUUAUUCCCCCCAGUCCUUGCCGUUUUUGUAAUGGUAUCCUUAAAAAGCUGUCAGGCCAGGAAGAAGGGGAGAUGGACUCUGGAGUGUUGCCCCCCCAAUGUGUUUUGGGGAAAAAAGGGAGUGGGGAGGGGAGGAUUCAGUUCACGCUAGUUUGGGGGUGUCCCAGCUUCCCGUGCUGGCCCGGGCUCCAUGUUACUCUGCUGUGUAGGUGUUAUCUAGCGCAUCUUAGUUUUAAUCUGGGUUUUUGAAUGCCUGUAUCUUAUCUCCAUGUGACUCUAAUAAAGCCGUGGGGGCGGGGGAGAGCCAGAAUGAAGCCAGGCUGGGCCACCCCCACACCGCUGACUGA